CUGGGAUCCCCUCCGGACGCCGCGUCCACACUUUCGUUUUCCUUUCGUAGCGACGGGAAACGGACUCGAUGUCGUUGUAGUCGCCACAUAGAAGACAACAUGGCGGGCUUAGAGGUGUUGUAUACCUGUGUCUCCGGCGGGAUCAGCUGCCCACAGGACGCCGUUGUGUGCUUCGUCCACUGGGAGAUGAUAAAGAGCGGGUACCGCUGCAUCGGCUCCGGGGACGAGCCCCGCAGCAGUGAUAAGAAGUCGGAGCUGCUGCCUGCUGACUGGAGCAGCAGCAAGGAGCUGUACAGUCUGCGAUACAAAGCCAGAGACAGUGACGUCCCGCUGCUGCUGAAAGCCAUCGCUGUCGACUCCACCUUGAUCUUCAACCUGAUGAACUCCAGCACGCAGCAGGUGUCAGACCUGACGGUGAACAUCAGCGAUCACGUGGAUGCCGACCAUUUGCCCACAUUUGACAGUGUGUUCAAGGAUACAGAGAGUUUGUCAGAGAAGGUGAGGACUCAGCUGCUGCCCUCCCAGGACAGACCGACGGGACAGAGGCCAGGGCAGAGUCGGCGGGAGGGGCAGGAGGAGCAGCAGAGGCAACGAGGAGAAGACAGCGACCCCCUCCGCAUCCCCACCAGACAUCCUCGCCAGGGAACGCAGCCAAACUGGCCCGACCCGAUGCUUCCUCCGUUCGCAGCUGGAGGAGCAGAUCUGGAUCCCUUUGGGUCUCGCGGCGGCGGUGGGAUGAUCGUCGACCCGUUGAGGUCGGGGUAUCCUCGCUCUGGUUUUGACCCGUCUAGCGGCAUACCAGACAUUCUGCCUCCCGGAGCCGUUCCCCCGGGGGCUCGCUUCGACCCGUUUGGACCGGUCGGACGACGCAGACCGGGGCCGGAUCCAGACCACAUGCCUCCACCUGGCUAUGAUGACAUGUUCAUGUAGUACCCAACAGUCCUUCCUGCUUUUCUACUUCCUGUUUGCUAGCCAAUGGGAGCCAGGGGGGGAAAGUUCUCAUCUUCACCUCCGUAAACGGGGGCCGUCGGGGUUUCAUCUGGUUUAGCGGCCCCCCCUGAAAAAUAAAGUGUUUGCCUUUUUUUAUUUCCUCCAGUUUUUUGAGAAAGAGGGGUUUGUUUUUCUAAUUGUUCAUUUCAUAUAACGACAUAUAACUUUAACGUAGAAGUGCCCGACUCUCGGUGUUAGAUUACACGUCAGCAGAAUCAUGUGAGCUGUGACGCUGAAGUCGGUCUUUCAGUUCUGAAGUAAAAAGAUGGCUUUCGAUGUCAAACCAACGUUAAAGGAGAAGCUUGUUUAUUUUGGACUGCAAGUUAAACAAACUGUCAGACAGAUGGAGACACACUCUGGAAUAUACUGACUGGUGUUCAUCAUAAACGCGUGUGUCGACUCAUUUACCAGCAUCGGAAAACCUGUUCAUACAUUUGUAAGCUUUUAUUGUUUUGACACAAACAUAUUGUGUAACAUCUGGACAGCCUGGAAGGGAGCGUUAACACUUCCUCCGCUUCCUGUACGAUAGAAGGAAGAGCAGUCAGUCGAGGUUCUUAUCGUCGCAUUAAACUGCAUCUUGUAGUUAUAAUUUAUUUAGAAAAACAAAAAAAAAAGAAAUCUUGUGGAAACAUAAAUAAUAAAAGCCUGAAAUGUUGUUCUUUACAGUUGUUUUUGUUUGGAUUGUUGUUAAAUAAACAACUCGGUUGAUGAAAUAUUUCAUGCCAAAAAUCUCUAAUAAAAAUCUCAGACUUUG